AUGGCAAGGUAUUCUCAACCGUCAUUUGACUUCUACCAACAAUCUCCUUCAAAUUUGGACGCAAAGCCUUCAUUUCCCGAGGAAGACGAGAUGAGUGUAUUGGAUGAUAAGAUUCUCGACUCGACGUCGCCCGAACUUUCAUCUUCCAUUGCCGACCACCGGCGUUCUUCAUAUGAUCAUGCACCGGACGCUUUCUCACAUCGUGAUUCAGUCUGGUCCGACUUCUCCCAGUCCGUUCACAGCAACCAAUCCAGGCAUAACUCCCAUGUCGGCCAUCAUCUUUUCGAGUCCGCUCCGAAUCCUUUCAUGAGACUGGACGGUGCUCAUCACCCAGCCACCGCGUAUGGCCAGCAGGCAUCUUGGGCGCUGGCCAAGGAGACUGGCUCAUGUACACCCACCGCCAUGUACGACCAUCAUUUCCCAUCGGACCUAGACAACGGCUCGUCGGCGCCGUUCUCCGGGGGUGCUGUUGGUCCGGUGAGCACCAUCAACAUCCCGUCCAUGUCUUACCGCCCUGGGAUGGCCUUUGCGCCUCCCGGUGCUGUGGCCAUGUCCCCGCAGUCCAGUCAAGGAUGGAUGCCUGCAUCCACCGACAUGCCGGAUGCUGUUUCUCGCACCACCAAGAGCCCUACUUAUCGGAAUAGCUCUCCCUUGAGUAUCCGACGGGAUGGAAUUCGGAAAAAGAACGCUCGUUUCGAGAUCCCAGCAGAGCGGACGUUAAGCAACAUCGACCAGCUAAUCGCCCAGUCGACCAAUGAGGAGGAGAUCAAGGAACUGAAGCAACAGAAGCGGUUACUGAGGAACCGUCAAGCUGCGUAA